AUGGUUUCAUUAUCAUCUUCGUCAUCGUACUCGUCACCACGUUCCUCUUCAUCAUCAAAAUCUGGCAUCCGUCAGUCACUACCGUUCUUCAGUUAUUCUGCAUUAUUUGGUUUCAUCAUGCUUUUCGUUCUACCGAUUACGAUCAGUAGCAGCACUGAACUCGCUUUCUUGAAUCCGAAUGAUCGUCUCGCACAACAACACUUUUCGACACCAGAACUGACAGCAGAUUAUGAUGUGAAGGAACAAGAAAGAGAAGCAGCUGCAGCGAUGAUGGGAGAUAGCAACACUGCGAUUGGAGCACCAAAAAGGACAGUUUAUUUGCGACAGCCACAAUUCAAACGUUUGAGACCAUGUUUCUACAGUCCGAUACAGUGUCUGAUGAAGAAGAAACGUUCUGACGAGACAAUUCAUCUCGGUGAUAUUGUUUUUAAGUGA